GGACGCACCUGCUGUCACGCUGAUUCUUGGUCCCAUACAUGGUGUCAGAAGCAUUUACGCCGUAACCCAAGCCGCCCAUCCGAGGAAUGCCGGCAUGGAAUUCGUGAAGCCUCCAGAGCCGCUGCGGUUCGAAGGCGAUAUAGGCAAGCGAUGGAGCCUUUUCAAGCAACGUUUCGAGCUCUUUUUGACAGCUACAGAGCCUACGAUAAAACGAGGGGCGUCGACGAAAACUGCGUUGCUAUUGAGCGUUGCUGGAGAAGAAGCCAUCGAGGUAUACAACACAUUCAGCUUCACCGAAGGCCAGGACAAGGAUGACUACGACGUGGUAAUCAAGAAGUUCGACGACUACUGUGCUUCACAAGUCAAUGAGGUACAUCAGCGUUAUCUGUUCCGUACCCGAAAGCAAGAACCAGGUGAGCCUUUUGAACAUUUUUUACGAGACUUGAAGAUGAAAGCAGGAGCAUGCAACUUUGGAGAGCAAGCAGAUUCAAUGAUAAGAGACCAAAUUGUUUUUGGCACGAACGACGCUAAGACUCGAGAAAAGCUUUUGUCCGACAACAAGUUAACGUUGCAAAAGGCCGAGGAAGCAUGCAAGGCAGCUGAGAUAACGGCAGCAAACCAAGAAAUCUGGACACGAGAGCAGAAACCAGUAGACGCCGUGCACAAGACACUUGGCAGUUCACAGGCUAAGCAGCAGAAGAAUUUUAAAUGCCGAAAGUGUGGCCGGGCGCACGCACCACGCAACUGCCCAGCGCACGGACAAACAUGCCGCGCGUGUCACAAGAAAAAUCACUUUGCCGUUUGCUGCAAAACAAAGCCGCAAGUAGGUGAGCUUCAGGGCAGCGAUGAUGAUUUUGAAGUUCUCACGAUUGGUAGUAAAAGCAGUCGAUCAGACUGGAUAGUCACGGCAAAAGUUGGAGGAAAGCUUAUUGCUUUCAAAGUGGACACGGGGUCUCAGGCUAAUUUGCUCCCAGCCGCGUUGUACGCAGGCAUGAACCGCAAGCCGCAGGUAAAGCCCAGCAGUGCCGUCCUACGCUCCUACGGUGGAAACGAGAUCAAACAUAUGGGUAUCGUGAGGCAAGAAGUGACAUUCCGUGACCGUACUUCCGUUCAGGACUUUUUCAUUGUCCGCAAGGGAGCUCAAGCGAUUCUCGGUCUGCAGGCAUGCGAGACGCUCGGAAUAAUCGCGCGACAGGUGGACAACGUUUCGCAAAACAGUUCCGAUGGAGUUGUGAAAGAGUUUUCCCAUCUUUUUUCUGGCACAGGUUGUCUCCAACGCCACUACCGCAUGGUCCUGCGCGAAGGAGCUCUCCCAGUCGUCCAGACAGCACGCCGAGUACCGCUGGCCUUGAGGGAGCCGCUUCGAAAGGAGCUGGAUCGCAUGGAGAGGGAAGGCAUAAUUAUAAAAGUCACGGAACCUACAGAAUGGGACCUCUCCUUUGGAAUGCGGACUGGCACCUGCAGAGAUCCUCCAGGGUCGCCGGCUGCGGACGCGGCUACCCGACUACCAGUGUGGUCCUUCCCACAGAGUCGUCAAACAUAGUCAGGCUCGAUCAUCAACACAGCCACUAACUCCACUUCAUGAAGGCGACGUUGUGCGAGUUCAGUGCGGCUCGUGGGCCACCAAAGCACGAGUUCUGAAGCCGUCAACAUAUCCUAGGUCGUACCACGUCAUCACACAGGAAGGGCGCUGCCUCCGGCGCAACCGCAAGCACUUGCUACCGACUGGAGAAUCCUUCCAGCAGGACUCUGUUCCCAACGGGAACAACGUAGAACCAUGUAGCCCGACAGCUGCGAGGCACGUCGAAGAUAUAGUGCCACAUCAUGACCCAACUACCGCAGGCACACCGAGUGGUCCAAUGCCAGACUGUGUUCCCAACAGGAGCAAUAGCUCGACAGCUGCACGCCACGUCGAAGACACAGUGUCGAGUAACGACUCAGCUACCGCGGGCACACCGAGUAAUCCAACGCCAGCACCCAGAAGGUCGCUGAGAAUGCAAAGACCGCCACAACGACUAGAAUAUGAUAAAGACUUUAAACAAAUUGCGUGAACUCUUUCUGUGUUUCUAUAUGUUCUUCAUUUGUUAUAAAGUGCCACCUCAAGCCAUCGUGUUUCCCGCAUAUGUAAAUAAUUGCAGUUUCUUUGUUUAUUUUCCUGAGAAAAAAGGAUGUAUCGUAUCGCGCCUCGCUCGUGCGCUACGCACGAUAAGCUCAAGGGGCUUCGCCCGACUGUUCUUGAUGCUAUCGCUUGUUCAUCUAAGGGGCGUUGCCUAGAGUGUAUUAUAAAUGUGACUGACCAAAUAAAGGUAGCAGCACUGGCUGCCUGACAGACGCA